GGUUAUGAAAGAAAACGUCAAAUCGAUCGAUUCCAAAAUAGCCGUUGGCAAAGCUCUGAAAAAAUGACAGAUCUCAUCAAUAGAUGGUUCCAACACCGUUUGGGCAUUCUUAUAGACCAUCACAAGAGCUUCGGGGAGGCAACCAGAGAUGGAAACCUCCUUUGCAUUCUGUUGAAGAAUUACGGGAUUAUUGAGGAAGACCAAUAUAACCUGAUAGAAAAGACCAACGUAGAUAUGCUGGGUGAACAGGCUUGUUUGAGAAAUUUCAAUGAGUAUAUUGUUAGAUGGCUUGCAAGAGUUGGGGUGAAUUUGACACCUAAUGAUGUCAUGGAUAUCGUACAAGGGAAAGAGUCAACCUCCAUUGCAGUUUUUCACAAGCUAUUCGUGAAGCUGCACGACAAGAAUGGUCUAGACGUCAUAACACAUCAAAGGUUGCACCAGAAGCUGCGUCCAGAAUCGAAGUUCAGCCUCACAGAAGUAAAGGAACAGAUUGACGUAACCUGCGAAAGAAACAAGCAUGCAAUUCCGAUGGAAUCAUCCUAUGACGUUGUGCAUUGGCACAGAGAUCGCUUCGAGGUUUUGGUGAACAAGUGCAAAGCUGCUAGGGAUGCCUACUUGGUUCAGGCAAAGAAUAAAAUGCUGAGAAUGUCAAGUGUAAGCACAAGUUUUAAUCCAAGCGUAGUAAGCGAAAUAUAUGACGAGGAAUGCAAGGAAGGGCCACACGAAGUUGUUCCCAAGUUACACCAGAGUUACGGUGACUUGAUGGAAGAAACGAAGAAAGCGAAGCAAGCUGGCUUCUUCGUCCCAGACAUGACGAAAGCAAGCGAUAUCUUGAGGAAGCUACAAGCUCAAAGGGAAAAGAAGAUUUCAAACGAGGGGAUCAAAAAGCAAAUGCAUCACGAUAUUUUGAGCGCCUUUUGGGAAGAAGUAAAAGCCUCAGAUAGUGAAAGCUUCAAUAACGAUCUCACCGAUAAAGUGAUGAAGCAGUCUUUUUAUGAGAAACAAAUGGUCAGGAAAAUGGUUGAUGUUAGACAGCAGAAAGAUGUUAUGAUAGAGAACAAGGAAGUAACCAAUGACGCCUUGGCCAAAGAAAGGGAAAAAGUCUUCGUAGACAGGCUCCUAGACCAGAACAAAGACCUAAAUGAAAAAGAAAUUCUGUACUAUAUAGACAGAGAAAGAACAGUCAAUCUUCACCGCAAACUAUUUGACGAAAAGGUUAGACUUAAAGAAGAAAGGACCAAAAGGCUGUGCUCGGAUGUUGUCACUGACAUAUUGACUUUAUCGAUGGCACAAGGCGACUUCAAGAAUUUUUAUGGAGAAGAACCUUCAGAAAGACUCAAGGAUGAGUGGAAAAAGGCAUUCAUCACUGGAGAAUCGAUCGAGGCGAAAUUCAGGCCCGUUGAGGAUAUUAUCAGACCAAAAGGAGAAGAUGAAGAAACUGAGGAAAUUAUCCAUAAGGAAAUAGAUAGGCAAGACCAGAUAGACAAAAAAGACUUCCAAAGCUACCAAAACUUCGAAUGGCCUUGGCUUCUUGAAAACAUCGAAACAGAUGAAGAAACUUUGUACUACAUGGAAAACGGAGAGCGUGUUGUUGGCCGGAUAGUUUUCAGCUUACUCGAGAUGAAAUAUCCAAUCGCAGCUUUUCCCGCCCCACCAAACUUUGACAAGUUGAGAGUCAGUGCAUGCGUCAACGGACUCAGUGACACUUCUUUUUUGCCAUUGUUGCAAAAAAUGCUGCAGCAUAGAGAGAUAAUUGUGAUCGAAGUAAAAGAUGUAAUCGACUAUUGUCUGAACGCGUACAAGGCAGAAAUCAGAACUGGAGAUGAUGGACCAGAUGAGCCAGAGGAUGAUCAAGCGGAUAAGAAGAAGAAAGAAAGGGUGAAGGAAAGGAAAGGAAGGAAGAGCAAAAAAUAUGUCAAAGGUAAAAAGAGCAAAAACAAAGACAACGCAACGACAGACGAAGAAGCCACGACUGUGACAGAAAAGGCAGUCAAAAAGGUUCAAACCCCAAGGUUCUUCCCAGGCGAAGAGCCUACUCUUAGCCCACAAGCGGAGUUGGGAAAAAUUGUUGACGAAGUCUUAGCCGAUGGGAACAAUGUGAAUGACUAUUUGCUUGUUGUGAUGUUUGUGGAAUAUUUGCAGUCGAAACUUGAUCGCAUAAAAGGUUUUGCUCUAAUCAACUACCCCACAACGUAUGAACAAGCCGCUCUCCUGGAAGAAGCCUUGACAGGCGUUCCUGUGGCUGUAAUUUCGACCGAAUUGAGGGAAUGUAAGAGCAUAGCGGAAGAAUUGCAGGAGUUGACGGAGCUGGAGGAUGAAUUCAGCAAGCAGCCUUACGAUGAGUUUGAAUCGCUCAGGACAUCCAGGUUGCUGAAUGAUCCGUACAAGAAGCCUGAUGUUCCGUUUUAUGAUACCGGGCUUACGGCUUACAUUCAGGUGGCUCAUGCAGAGGAUAUUUCUGUGUGCGAAGAAACAGGCGAGCUCAGCAUAUUUUCAGCUUCGUUACCAGCAGUGGACGGUGAUACUCGGAAAACGAAACUAGAGCAGUUCUAUUCUGACCAAGGCUGCAACUAUUCUCUGUACUACGAAAAUUUCGAUUUCUAUACAGUGAAGCAUUUGGCAAAACUGAUUAUUGGAGACUAUAGUAUCCCGCCUAAGUCGUCAAUAGAGCUUUUUGGAGACAUUAUCAAGUAUAUUAAUGCUGAUAUGACAGGUUUUAAUGCAAAGCCUGCAUCACAAGUAUUAAAAAAAGGUGACAAGAAAGCUAGACCUAAACAAAAAGCCGUUAAAGAAGAUGUUGGAACUAUAACUGGGAAUGACAAAAAAAUCGAUAAGAAAGGAAAAGGCAAAGGACAAAAGGAUAGAGUUAGUCAUGCUGUGAUAGUGAGAGAAGAUAAAUUCACUCAACUGCCUGAAGUAGAAAUUGAAGAAGUCGAACCAAGCACCGAUGACCCUCCUAAGCCUGGAGAACCUGGAUGGGAGUACCUGAUUGCUAAACUACCUUCUGAGCUGAGCUAUGCCUUAGCCAGCUUAUGGGAGAACUUGGAGGAUGUCUACAUUGGCGACUUCCAGCAACUUCUGUUCAUCAAACGUCUCCUUCUGAACGCUGUGAUGCCAUUCGCCAGUUAUGCCAGGAAGCACAUGGGUGAGGUUAUCACAGCUCCUGAUAAUCGUCAAGAUUACCUGCGUAGGUUCCAGCAGAUGUAUAAUGAGUUUGAUGAUGACAUCAGGGUCGAUGUGGAAUUUAAGGCUGAGCUGCAUUGUAGGGUGCAAGAGAUGAAGGACAAACUGAUCGACCUCUGCGAUAAGAAAAUGCUUGCUUCUGAGCGUGAAAGAGGCUGUCUGAUCAACCAACGUUGGGCUCCAAGACAUCUAACUGAGCUGUUGAACACCUACAUCUGCGCCUUUCAACUGGAAUUGGACCGGUUCUUGGACACUCAGGCUCUGAUAGCAGAUUAUUACAUUGGAGUUAUCACGAAAGUGCCUAAUCCUGAAGAUACGUUGGUCAAAGAGAAUUUGCCGAGGGUUGAGAGUGAGGAUCAGCAGUUAUACGAAGCUACAUGCAGGCUCCUGCAAUAUGUUGGAGAUUCAAAGGACAAUCCAUUUACCCAGAAAGCUGACGAUUUUUUGAAAAAAGCAUUGGCGUACAUUUCGAAGAUGGAACGUGUAGCAAUGGAGGUUUAUGAAAAAACAAAAGGGUUAUUCGGUCCGCAUGCUGCUGGUGGUAAAGAGAAGGAUAAGCCGAAGAAACUAAAUGGUAGCAAGAAAGGUGGUGGAGGUGAGAAAAAUAUGUUGAAACUCUUUGAGCCAGAUGAAAAAGUCAAGAGGAACUUUGGAAAAAUUUUCGAUGAAUGGAUAUGUGCUCUUAGAGGAGAAACAGCGAGGGUGACACUCCGCCUCAAACUUCUCAGAACUGACUUUGUGAGGAGUGUUGACGAAGUAGUUUCUACAUUACAAAAAGCAUUCCGCGAUAUUUAUGAAGAUAUCUAUAAACGGUAUCGAGCCGAAGUGGAUAGUGUUAAUAGAGCUUGUGAACUUCUAUGCAGCGCCAUCGAGGCAGGCGUGAGGAUUCAGGAAGAACUGGUCUUCAAAGGUGACGACUUCUAUGCAGAUUCUAAGUAUAUUUUGUAUACAAGCGAAGUUGAGGAGGAAAUUUACGAAGAAGCUUCAGAUGAUUAUAUCUUCACCAUAAAACAGCUUGAUGAGGUAUCGAAGAUUUUCCUGGACUUGGCUCCAAGCGGGUGGCUGCCACUACGUAGUUUUACAUUCAUUCUUCAGGACAUGACCGUCAGCGAUCAACAGAAGUCGGUGCCAAAAAUGUGGUUCAAUCUACCCGUAGAAGACAUCGACAAACUGAUAAAGGAGCUUUUCGGAACGUUUGAGAUGGUGCCUUGGAAAGAAUUUGUGCUUUACAAUUUGAUGGUAGCAUUUCCUACUGAGGAUGAGCUUUUGAAUUGCAGAAGGGCUUUCUUGGAAUUUGACGAGGAGGUCACAGGACUUGUUACCAAAGAUAAUUUCAAAGAGAUGAAAUUAUGGUUCGAAGGAGGUGAAAAAAUUGAAAGACUACUUAUGAUCAAAGAUCUAUUGUUCAAGUUAUACAGGGUAGACGGAACUUGGUUCAACUAUACGGCCAUGCUUUUGGAUUUUUGUAAAGGAAAAAAUACUGCCGAGGGACUUGGAAAGGCUCUUACCCUUUCCUUUGGUAUUAAGGUAUGUUCCGAAAAAGAGAUGGGUGAUGAUCAAGCGACAAAUAUGAUACUAGAUCGAGCCUUCUAUGAAGAAGAACUUGCUAGAAGAGAGGAAGAACGUUUUGAUAACAUCGAAUAUAUCGACGGAGUUGUUAAAGAGUUGAUCGAUCAAAGCGUGCAUCUAUGCGAAAGUACCAUCAUUGAAGAGGUGUUCGACGAAGAAACACAAGUCGCGGAGCAGGAACGUCAGCCAUCGAUAAAAAUAGUUACUUUGGAGGAUGAAUCGAACUCAUCGGUCACAGGGAAAUUGAAAAUGCCAGAUGGAAUAAAGAAAAUUUUGUCCAGCAGAAUUUCAGAUCCGUACAAAGCCAGAGAUGAAAAGGGAGUUCAAAUAAAUGUAUAUAGUGUCUCAAUAUUGCCUGAACCAGACGAGUACGUAGAACCAAAAUCCAGCGAUGAAACAGAACCAAAAUUGACAAAAAGCAACCUCAACGAGGACGAAACACAGCCAGUUGAUGAUGUUAGGCGAAUGUCAAGCGAGCAGGAGUUGGAAGUUCAAGAAAUGUCGGUACCUGAGCUUGAGGUUGAGCUGUCGGGAGUUGACGUUGUGAAGGAGUGCAAUGAGCGGCGGUAUCGGUAUUUGAUCAACGUUGAGGAGUUGAAGGAUGUACUCAAGAGGGUCAUUCCAGACUAUUUUAAGAGAACCGUGGAGAACGAAGGAGUACUGAUCGGUAUCAAAGUGUGCAAUAGCAAGUGCGCAAAAUCAAUCAGGAAGAGCAAAAUAUCGAUGAAUUUGUCCAGGAAAUCUACGAGCAAUGCAAACGUCCUGAUUUUAAUGACGAAUGUUUCAUUCACGAUAUUUUGAACAACAAGACAUUUUUAGAACACCUCAGCAUCACUUGCAAGUUUUUGAUCAGAAGUGCACCGAAAAUUGUACAAGACUACGUUGAAAGAAACAAAUAAUUUGAAAAAAAAAAUAUUUUAUUCAUUAUCACAAAUGUUUUAUGCUUUACAUGUUGU